AUAAAAGCGACCGGGAAAGUCAGGGAAUUUAUUUCUAUUUAAAAUGUCUAUCUCUACAGCGACAAUAAAAUAUUUGAUUGGAAUCAACUCGGAUAUUUCUAGCAAUGUCUUUUAUCUUGAUGAACAAACGAUCCUUUAUCCGUGUGGAUGUUACUGUGUCUUUUAUAACACCGAACAGAAGACCAUGCGAUUGCUCUUAGCAUCAGAGAAAGGAGCUGAAAUAACUGCCAUGACUAUUAGUCCUAACCGUAGCUAUACCGCUGUUGGUUUGAAAUACGAGAAACCGUCUGUAAACAUUCUUGAUUUGUUUGCUUUCCGGAAAAAGAAGACAUUAGUUUGUCCGGAAUUAUUUUCUUGUAAAAUAGUUAGUUUGUCUUUUUCAUCUGAUUCUCGAUGCAUCAUAGCGAUAUGUGACGAUCCAUCACGAACUCUCCUUUACUGGUCAUGGGAAAAAUCGAGGCUACUCAUAACAGCCAAAGUCACGAAUUCUGCGGUACCAGAGACUCUUAAUUUUAUCAGCUUCAAUCCGCAGGAUCAUCUUAACGUGUAUGCUUUUGGUAAUGGACUUCUAAAAUCAUUCCGAUUCGUCGAAGGUAACCUCAAACAGUUCAAUUUCCCGAAGAUCGAACCUCGAGAUUUCAAAUGCUAUUGUUGGGAUGCGAACGAGCGUCUUUUGGUGGGUACAGGCAAUGGAAGAGUGUUGUUUAUUGAAGGUACGGAUUUAAGACUCGAUUUUAACGUAUUCCAAUAUUUGAAUAUUCCAAACGAUGCUGCAAGGACGCACGGAGUGACAGCAAUCGUAAGUUAUUCUAAAGGGUUUAUUACAGCGUGUGGUACGCAAUAUGUGCAGUUUUUUGAAAGAGUUGAAGACAAAGAUAAUUACAAGUUUGUUAGGGAUGUUUUGCUACCGUCAGAUACAUUGGACAAUAACAAAUUAUGCGACCAGGUAAUAAAAUGGAUGGUGGUGAAUCCAACGGAGGAUGUUCUCGUUAUUAGCACCAAUAUGAAACAAAUGUAUUCUACACAAGUUAAUCCACCUGAAACGAAAUAUAUGAAGCAGACGAGCGUGUUUGAUGUUUUAGUACAGCCUUUCCAUUAUAAAUCUGUCACUGGCUGUUGUGUCUGCUCGUGGAAGCCUCUCAUUGCAACCAGCUCUCUGGACGGUUCCAUAAAAGUGUGGAACUAUGAAACGUUUACCUUAGAACUUUCUAAAGACUUUUCAGAAGAAGUAUACAGCAUAUCUAUGCACCCAAUGGGACUAUUUCUUCUGGCAGGUUUCAGCGACAAAUUACGUUUCAUGUAUAUUCUCAGAGACGACUUCAAACAGUUUAAGGAAUUCAGUAUCCGCAUGUGUACACAUUGCAACUUCAGUCGAGGUGGGCACAUGUUCGCGGCGGUCAACAACAACUUUAUACAGGUAUACUCGUCGAUUACUUUCGAAAUGCUGGCCAACCUGAAAGGUCACAACGGCAAAGUUCAAGCUACCGCCUGGUGUAUGGAUGAUAAUAAUCUAAUCUCAUGCGGUUUGGAUGGGGCUGUUUAUGACUGGGAAUUAAAAACCGGGAAACGAAUUGGUCAGUGUGUCUUGAAAUCCUGCGCCUAUAACGAUGUCAUUAUAAAUUUCGAAAACAAGAAUUUCUAUGCCGUAGGCUCAGAUUAUUCUAUGAAAGAAAUCCACGAGUCUGACAUACUGCGAACAUUUCCAUCGGGUGACGUGCUUUUCACUUCAAUUGCUCUGUCAUGGUCCAAUACAAUGCUAUUUGUUGGCACUAAUAAUGGUUAUAUAAGAAGCUUGGAGUAUCCUAUAAUGCUUCCGGGAAGAUGGCUUGAUUAUCCAUGUCAUAGUCUCGACACUACACACAUGACUUUUACAACUGAUGAUCGAUACUUAAUCUCAACAUCAAAAGAUGCCUCGAUAGCAAUAUGGAAGGUAAACGUUGCUGAAAGUCGGGCUUUGAAACGUGACCGGAGUACUAUUUGGUCCGAGGAGAUCUUAAUCCCAAGGUCCGAUUUGGAAGAAAAAAAUAGUUCGCUUGCAGAGUUGAAAUCUCGUGUAGAAGAACUUAACAUGGAAAACGAAUACCAGAUGCAUCUCAAAGACAUGAGCUACAACGACAAAAUAAGAGAGAUGACCGAAACAUUUAUUCAAGAAAUGGAAAAUUUGAAAACCAAAAACCAAGCCCUACAGAAUGACAAAACCAAACAGGAAUCCAGACAUGACGAGAUAAUGACAGAAAUGCUGGAAAAGCACUGCAGAGAACUUCAGUUCAUCGAAUCUGCCAACGAUAAAAAGUUAUUAGAAGAAUAUGAAAAAUUCAAGGAUCUUCAUAAUAGGUUGUUAAGACUGCAAGAAGAACAUGACCAACAGGUACAAGAACUGGAAGAAAAGCAAGAACUUCUACAAGAACAAUUGACAGCACACUACGAAGGGAAACUUCAAGAAGUGGAGAAGAAACUGGAGCAGCGCCUGGAGGAUAUUAUGCUGCAGCAGAAAGAAUACGAUGAAAUGAAAAAACAGAUCGAGGAAGAUGCAGAUAUGGAAAUCGUCUACACAAAAACCGAUUACGAACAACAGCUGUAUCACGAGAGAUAUUCCAAUUCUAAAAUCAAAGAUGAAAACAGUAUUUUGAAGAAGAAGCUCUUAGCUUUCCCCAAAGAACUAAAAGAAAGCAAGGAAGAGUGUAAAAAGUAUAAACUCGAGAUAAAGAGACUGAACAUUAUUAUAGGUAAUCUAGAGAAAGAUAUACAAAGUUUAAAGAAAGAACUACAGAACCAAGAUCACGGACUACAGGACGAAGAGAAACGGUUCUAUGAUCUGAAGUUGAAGAAUCAUGAAAUCGAGAAACUGAAAUGCGAACUUGAAUACAACAAGAUCAUCGAACUGAGACAGCAAAUCGAACAGAGGGAGGUGGAAAUUAGUAACAUGAAGGAGCAGAUCAAAGCUAUGCAAAGCGAACUGGAAAACUUCACUCAACAGUUUAUCAUCAUGGACCACACGACAGCAGAAACGAAACAGAAACUGGCGGCCACUUCUCUAGAAUUGAGCAAAGAACGGAUGUCGCUACAUCGGAAAACAGCUUUGUUGGAUAGGUUCUGCGCCGAUCUUAUCGACUGCACGUCCUUCAUACAAGACCCGAUGAGGUUAAAGAGCAGUAUCAAAGCCCUCUAUGCCAAAUACAUCGAGAGGAAUGUCGAUAAGAUUGUCACUACAGAUCCCAACAUACAGGUGGAAUGGGGUCGGCAGCGGAACCAUUUCGAAUACAGCAUACACAAACUGAAGCACCAGUUGAACCGCACCGUGAAAAACGCUUCUCUGGAGAAUGAGGUCCUGGUAAAUAAAUGCAAUAAAAUGGGAGAAGUGUUGCAAUUGGAGAGAGAAAAGAACCGUCGUUUGCUGUCUAUAAUGGAACGAGCUAAAUGAAAAAAAAACGAAAAACGAAAAAGAAAAUGGAUCUAAUUUUUGAUCAUUGGACUUCAAUCAUUCAAACAAAACGAAACGAAACGGCCGGUUUUUACAUUCAGCAAUAAAAACCGUGCUGUUAAGUAA